UACCGGACGUUUUUAUUCAAGUAAUAAUUAUUGUAUAUGAUUGUUAUUCAAUCACUGUUAUUAUCGAUUAACGAAUUGUGCGUUGGAAUAAUAAUAACGAUAAAAACAUAAUAUUUUUCGUGUCCACGGACAGACAUUUGACCAACACAAGCGUCUCGCGUGUACCCAUUACAGUCGCAACCCGCGAUUUCGAUAGACGUAACUUUUCGUAUUUUGUUAAGUUAUUUGAUGUUUAAAUUUUAGUAUACGUACAUUACCGUGAUUUAGGUAUUCAGUCAGACACGUAUGUUUUUUUUGUGCAAAUAGAAAAGAAUAAAAAAUAAAUUGUAACGACUAACGAUGUAACUAAACAGUUUAAAUCGUUGUGUGUCGUUUACCAAAAGUGUACGCGACGCGGAACGAAUACCCCAUACCUCCUCAAGUAUACUAACUAGUUACCAUCCACAUAUUUGUCAAAUAAAAUCGUUAUAUUUUGAGAUGAAGCUCGAUACUUUAUCGUGGAAAUAUAUCCGAAUAUUUUUUGUUGUCGUUAUUUAUUGGGUGGUAUCUAUUCUUACAGUAUUUGUAAAUAAGACUUUACUGAGUAUUGACCAUCUAGAUGUGGAUGCUCCUAUAUUCAUUGCGUGGUUCCAGUGUUUGGUUUCAGCUAUAAUUUGUUUCAUUUUAAGUAAUUUGUCUAAGACAUUUCCACAAGUAGUUCAGUUUCCUGAAGGAAAUCCAUUUAAUGCAGUAACUGUUAGAAAUGUAUUGCCAUUAUCAAUGUUAUAUAUUGCAAUGAUAUCUACAAAUAAUUAUUGUCUAAAAUUUGUUGAUGUCACUUUUUAUUAUGUUGGUCGAUCACUUACAACAGUAUUCAACGUCAUACUUUCCUACUUAAUAUUAGGUCAAACUACUUCAAUGAGCUGUCUCAUUUGUUGUUUUGCUGUAGUGUGUGGAUUUUUUUUGGGAGUAGAUCAAGAAAAUCUUUCAGGUUCAUUUUCAUUGGUUGGAACAUUAUUUGGAGUUAUAAGUUCAUUUUCUUUAGCAUAUUACUCUAUUCAAAUCAAAAAAGUUCUGCCUCUUGUGAAUAACCAAAUCUGGCUACUUUCUUAUUUUAAUAAUGUAUAUGCUACCAUAUUAUUCAUUCCACUUUUAGCGUUUGAAGCUAAAGAAUUGAGUAAUUAUAGUAAAUUGACUGAAUAUAAGUUUUUAAUCUUAAUGAUAAUUGGUGGUGUUUGUGGACUUUCAAUUGGUUAUGUAACAGUACUCCAAGUACAAGUCACGUCACCAUUAACUCAUAAUAUAUCUGGUACAGCAAAAUCAUGUUUUCAAACAAUAUUAGCUUCAUUCUGGUAUAAUCAAUGGAAGUCUUCUGUAUGGUGGUUUUCAAAUGUGAUUGUAUUGGGAGGAAGUGCCGCUUAUACUAUUGUAAAGAAUAGAGAAAUGGAAAAAAAAUACCGGCCAACAGCGUACAGUCGUUGUUAGUUUUAUUUAUUUUAUUAUUAUUUUAUAUGAGUUAAGCUUUGACCAGUUUUUUUAUAUAUAAAUUAUAUUAUUUCCUUAUUUUUUUACUCUUAACAGGACGCUACACCUGUAUGUAUUGUCUCUGCCUUACAAAUGUAAAAUAUAGCAAAAUCUGUUUUGCACGGGAAAAAAUGAGAAGGUUAAAGAAUAACUAAGAAACAAUAUUUUCAACACAUAUAAAGAAGAAUUUUAAGUGUAAAACGUCUUUUCUAUUUUUUUGAUAUUACUUAUACAAAAAAAGUUAUUCAAUUUUAAAAACCCCCAAAAAAAUCAAUUUUAAAACAAUAAUAAUUUUUUUAGCAUAAGUGAUAUUGAAAAAAUAAAAACGACAUUUCAUAGUUUAAGUUCUUUAUUUGUGGUGAAAAUUUUGUUUCUUAAUUAUGACUGUAGUCUUCUCGGUUCUUUCCCGUGCAAAACAGUUUUUACCAUGUUUUACAUUUGUAAGACGAAGACAACACAUAUGGGUGUAACGUCCUCUUAAUACCCUAUGUAAGGGGUCAACUACCUGCAAGAUCUAAACCAAUCUUGUUUAACCUUUGUAAUGAUCUUUUUUUUUUAUACAUUUAAAAAUAAACUAAAACAAUGGCAAGAACAUUGUGCUUUUUAUGUUUGUUGAUGUGAAACCAGUAUUUUAUUUUUUUAGUUUUCAAUAUAACUGUGCAUUUUCUUUAU